AUGGUGACAUUCUUCGACGACAAGGUCUGCAUCGUUGGUGCAGGCGCGGCCGGUCUUAUUACCGCACAUACUCUUCGCCAGGACGGAUUCCAGAAUGUAGAAGUGAUUACCCGAGAUCCUAGUGUAGGAGGCGUCUGGUGUGCUGAGAGGGUCUAUCCAGGGCUUGUUAUUAACAAUGUGCACGGCGAAUUCCGAUUCUCUUCGCUGACGAUGCCGCUUCCGACGCAUAAAAGCGGACGCUUAUCAGGAGAGGACAUGUGCGCGUAUAUGCAGGACUUUGCGGGGCGGUUUUUGCAGGGCUGCAUCAGAUACUCUACUGAGGUCGUGAAGAUACAGCCUAUUGAGCGUGGCUCGUCUGUGACUCGUAGGUGGCUUGUCUCGUUGGUGGACAUAAAGACAGGGCGACGGGAGACACUCGAGUAUGAUAAGCUGGGCUGUAGCGAACCCUAUAUUCCACCUCAGUUGUCAUCAUCGAAUGCAAUUCUGAAGGGUUUUGGCGGACCGGUCAUUCAUUCCUCCGAGUUUCGUGCUCGGCUUGCCGACGUUCUCGAAGCUGUCAAACCUUCGUUCGAGCAAAGCGGCAGCUCUAUUGUCAUUGUCGGAGGUGGAAAAUCUGCGGAAGACAUGGCAGCGUAUCUCGCUCUUCAAGGACGUCGGGUGUCAAUGGUAUUCAAAAGGGCGGAUGCAAUAUUAGCAUUCCCGAUACCCUAUCCCGAUUUUAUACGUAGAAGCAGGCUACUUGCUAUUUUAUCUCCAGACAUCGAACUUCGCACUCGUCUUGAGCGUUUUCUUCAUACUACAUGGCUCGGGAGCAAGAUUGUCCAGACCACCUGGAAUUUGUUGUCCUGGGUUUCGUUCAAAACCUUAGGAAUUUCGUCCAAUUCACCUUUGCGUAAUACACCUGACUUGAUGUGGACCGUGCACACGAGCGAUAUUGGGCUCGACGAGAACGGGUUUCAUUCUUUGGUAAACAAGGGACUGAUUGAUCUAGUGGCCCCGCUGCACGUUGAAGGUUUUGCAAAUGAUGGCCGAUCGCUAAUUUUGAGCAAUGGGCGACUUAUCAAAGCGGACGCUGUUAUUUUAUGCACCGGUUUUGCAUCGUCUUGGGACAAGUUAUUGGAUAAGGACACAAUGGAUGAAAUUGGAUUCCAUCGGCCUGAGCCUGGGUCUCUUGAGGAUCGUCAUCACUGGGAGCAUAAAUCUUUAGCUAGGCCGCCUGCCUUCUUUCCUCAUGUGAGCCUGGAUUCUGGUUCUACGUCCUCCAUAUAUCGAGGACUUGUACCCGCAAAGAGUAUUACCCAAAGAGACUUCGCCAUUAACGGUGCAAUUUUCACUGUAAACAACGGCUAUGUGUUUGAAGUCGGGGCGCACUGGAUCUCCUCGUAUUUCCGUAAAGAUCCGUUUCUACGUCUCCCGUCGUCCACAGAGGAAGCUCUUGCGGCGGCCGAGAAAAAUGCUGCUUGGCUGCGUAAAAGGUUCCCGUACGCCCAGUUCACGGUCAACCCGAGCUACAGUGCCGACCUCGCGUUUUUAAGCUGGCCGCAAUUGGUUGACCGACUCCUUGAUGACAUGCACCUACCGUCGAUGAGAAGUGGUGGGAACGCAUUGACGUGGGUGUUCAAGGUUGUCGAUUUGAAGGAGAUUGAAAAUCUUGGACAAGAACGGGCGGAGCUUCGAGCCCGUUGGGCGUGA